UAGUACUGGUGAUACUUCAUACUACCACCUACCACUAAACCCUACCAACACUACCACACCAUCACAUCAUGGCUUACUCAGCACUGGUAUACUUAAGCGUCUGUGUAGCAGUGGCUACAGCAGUCACCCCCUUCUUCGAGUCCCCCCACAACGAGAAGGCCGCCCCCUUCUACAAGGUCCCCGUGCAGAGGGACUUCUCAUCCCCCUUCCCCGUAUACACCGGAAAGUCUCAAUCCUACAAGCAAUCUUCAUACAAGUCCGAGCCUUCGUUUUACAGCUCGGAGCCUUCUUACAAGCCGGAGCCAACUUUCUACAAGCCUCAGCCCUCUUUUUACAAACCAGAGCCCUCUUACUACAAGCCUCAACCUUCCUUUUACAAACCCGAGCAAUCCUAUUACAAGUCAGAGCCUUCUUACUAUAAACCGGAGCCUUCCUACUACAAACCUGAGUCGUACAAGAGUGGAUAUGCCCAGGGCGCUACUUCCUACCAGACUGUAAGAUUGGGCGGCGGAGACUACAAACCUCAAUACAAACCUUACUACUAGUCUAGCUUCCCUUCUUAUAUUUAUUCGGUUGU